AUGAAACCAUCAUCAUCUUCAACAAAUAACGCGACUGAAAUUUCUGAAAACAGUGUUGUCAAAAUCGCCAAAACUACAAUUGAAAAUGAAUUUUAUAAUGAUGAUAAAGGUUCUAUUAAUACGUCAUCUAAAGAAAUAAAUAAUGUACAAAAUUUUUCUACUCUAAAUAAAAAAAUACCCUUGGCCUCUCAAAAAUAUAUCAUUACUCCUGAAUUUAUUUUGUCUUGGAUUCAAAAAUAUAGAAGACCAACUAAUGAAGUUCCUCCAAAGCUUAUAGUCACAUAUGGAAAAGAUUUCAAGUUUCUUGGGAGAGAAGAAACAGCAGAACAGCUUUGGAAUGGAACUUUAAAUAAAAAUGGUGUUAAAAAACGUUAUUAUGCACACCAGAAUAAAAUUAAGGAUUGUAAUUUUCAUCCAAUUCCAUUCAUUGCAGCAGGAUGGACCACAUCAUUAGAAUUCUUUUAUCAACAAUGCUCUGAAUAUGCAGUUAAUACUGUUGAUUUUUUACAGGUUAUGACUGAUGUUUGUGUAUUAUUAUUAAAUGAACAUUAUGAACUUGAGGAAUUCACUCAUGAUAAUUCUGAUAUUAUUGCUGGUUGUCUGCUGGAUGAAAUGAUGAUUCUUGAUGAAAGAAUAAAGGAGCUAAAGCAAUAUGGAAUUGUAGUUUUAGAGGAGGCUCAUAAUUAUCCUGGACAUGUAUAUUUGCAUUUGCCAUAUAUCAUGAUUUGGUGCAUAGCUAGAGUAUCAAACAAGUCAAAUAAAUUGUACCAAUUCUGGAAACCAAUGAUUGAAUCUGAUGAAUUAUUUCUAUGGCAAAACUGGGAGGAUUUUAAUGUUAGAUUUUUGGCAUUAAAGUUUUGCUUGCUCUCUGUUUAUGGUUAUAAAGAAAUUAAAGCAUGUGACUUUUUAAAAAAUGCAUAUUGUGGUGAUAUUAUUAAAAACAUUACCAUAAAGAUUCCAGAUUGGAAAGAUGUUGAGGUUUGUUUCAUAAAAGAAAGAUUUCCAGUGAAUGGUUCUUGGACAGUCAUAGAUAUGUAUUCCAAUGAGAAGCUUUUCAUAAAAGAAAAAAAACUUACAGUUUAUAAAAAUGGAGAAUCAGCACCAUUUGAUGGGUUUAGUUAUAUUCAACUUAAAACUACCAAUAACAAAGAUGCAAUUAUGGCUUGUUUACAGACUAAAUGGAGAAAAUUAGAAACUGUACAACCUCAGAAGAUUACAGCUAAUAUGAUUACCAAAGAAUAUGAAUCUACAAAAAAGACACUUAUUGAUAAGCUUAACCUUCAAGAUAAUGAUUUUAUUUUUAUUUUAUUAUCAAUAUGUCCACUGAGUGAAGAAAUUGAUCUUGGGACUAUGUCUAAAGAUGUUAAAAAUGCUGCUUUAAUAUGCAAGAACAAUUUUUGUGACUUUUAUGCACAGGAAAAAGUUAAUGUUAAUACAGCUAAAUUUUGGGAAUUAAGAUUAAUAAAUGGAGUUGGUGAAAUUUUGGCAAAUGAUAUUGUUGAAAAAUGUAAAAGAGAUCAUUUUGUUGAUGAAGAUGAUUUAUGUAGAUGCACAAAGUUUCCAAAACAUGCUGUGUCAUUGGUUAAAUUUAAAUGA